GUUGACGGUGGUGACUUCGACCUGUCUUGCUCUUCUAGACGGCUCUCUUUUCUUUCUCUUAGACUUGACCGGAUUUCUGUUGGUGGGAAGAACAGGUCUGGGGCCUGUCUGUAUCCCUCUCAAGUCACUCUCUUGUGUUUUUCACGUCGCGUGAACAAUGGCUUUUUUUUGAUCCAGCCAUUGUCCUUGGAGACAGACGUGUAGUCCAUCGCGUGCACCGCUUGGACGACUCCUCUGCGGCGGGUGUUUUUCUCUCACUGCCGAUUGCUCGGGAGCAUUUGUUGUAUAUUGUUACUUUAUGGCAGCUGUAUCUGUCCACCCUUCGCCGCAGACGUCCCUUAAUAUGUCGACUCGCCGACCACUCGCCAACGUGCCUAAUGCCACCAAUUCCCCUCACAGGCUGGGCCUCGUGCCUGCCAAACGACCCCGGACCAACACACAGAUCGAUAUCCCUUACGGCCAGCCUCCUCCGAAAAAGCAGAUUGCUGACGCGGCAGAGGAUGACCGGUCCCGCGUGAGCGCGGACUCCAGGCUGUUCUCGCGACGACCAAACAAUGGCCAGCCAAGUGCAUUUGAAAGGAAGCUGGUAGCGGUCAGAGACAAGGAGCGUCAGGCUCAGACUCGGGGGCCGAGACACGACAAGCCGUCUGCUGAGACGAUUGAUUCGAUCAGGCAAUGGCAGAGGCACUACCGGAAGGCCUUUCCACAGUUCGUCUUUUAUUUUGACAGUGUCUCGGAAGAUGUUCGUAGCAAAUGCUCGAGACAGGUCACUGCUUUGGGAGCGCGCGAGGAGAAAUUCUUCUCCCGUCUAGUCACCCACGUCGUCACCUCCCGCCAGAUCCCCCCCGAAAAUGAAUCGACCAGCCCAACGGAAGCGAAUACCGAACCGACAGAACAGGUCACUGUCGAUGGCACUUUACAGACGGUCAACCCGUCCCUACUUGAGAAAAAUGCCGAUACGCACCUCCACAUGUCCCUCAAAAAUGAUGCACGACGCGAGCAGACAUCCAUGGAUGUUUUGCACCGGGCUCGCCGGAUGAAGAUGAAGAUAUGGGCUUUUGAGAAAUUGCAGCGGAUGAUUACCACGAUCAACGAUGGAGAUAUCGGGGGCACCGGGCAAACCGUGCGAAACAAUGUUGCAGGGGGCGGGUAUGUGAGGAACAGGGGCGACAACGACCUUUCACAAGUGCUCCAGAACGAACUUCACGGCUCGUCGGAGCGCAACCCGCACAGUGUCCUGAAGGACCUGGUCAUGUUCAAAGGCCCGUUUGUUUAUGUCCACGAUAUGGAUGAAAAGACGCGUCCUGUCAUGGUUCGGGAUUAUCCUAAAGUCGCCAAACGUCAAGACGGCAUUUGGCCCCAGUUCAGGAGUGCACCGUUAGGGAAGUGCCCGUUUAUCGAGGAGCCCCCUGCCAGGAAGGAUACCGAGCGACAAAGGCCGCGCCAACAAGAACGGGAAAAGAAACCUGUUCCCAAAGCCAUUCCGGCACCGGCCACACAGAAACCCAAAAUCAAGGCACCAAGCGCUCCCCCUCCCCCAGAAGAACGAAGUCUUUGUAAAGAGAUGGACCAUGGCGAUGGUGAGGAACCCGUUACCCAGGCAAACGAACCAGAGGCCCAGGAAAUACCACCACCAAGGAAGGUGUCGCCUAGGAAGAGCUCCGAAAGCUUUGCCCCCCCACCGCUGAACCGCACGGGACCCUUUUACCACGGCCGUGAACCCGCCGCCUCUGGUGUGCAGCCUUCUAACAUCACCUCCGCCAUCCGUUCCCAAAUGGUAUCCUCGACUGCCGCAGCUCCUGGGGCCAAGGCUGGUGUAAGCAAGGAAGUUCAUGAGCUCAAGCGAAAGGUACUAGAAAAGGGCACCGGUGGGUUGUCCACGGGCACUGGGAACCCGAUCAGCCGGGGCGUAGACGCCUCGGGAAUGUUGAAGCUGAAUCGGAGCAACCCUUGGCCGGGCAAAUUCAACCCGCCUGAGAGGCCCGGACAUAUUGCGGAUGACAAGAACCGGUACCCUGCAGGAAAUGAUAGUCUAAGCUGCCGGCCAUCCAUCAAGAGGACAAGCAGCCAAAAGGAGCGAAGAAGGGAUCCCAAGCCCGGAUAUUGCGAGAACUGCAGGGAUAAGUUUGAUGACUUUGACGAGCACGUUGGGACCAGAAAACACCGCAAGUUCGCAGCGAACCCGGGGAAUUGGCAUGAACUGGACGCCUUGCUGUUCGAACUCAAGCGCCGGUGAAGAAUGACCUUGCAGGAUCCUCAUGGUAUUGCACCGAUGGUCAUGAGAGUAACCGGGAAGACGGCUUGAUAUACCCUAGAUGCAUUUGUUAUUAACUUAAUACACACCGUAGGUAUUCUUUGCAGCAUUUUGUCUCAUCACUUCAGCAUCAGCGAAACCGGGCAGUAUCGUUUAUGUUCCGCCGCGAGUUGAACGCGACGGUCCCGUCCCUCUCGGCCG